CACACAGGAGCUAAAGGAGAAGGAACCCAGUGUUUCCCCAGCUUCCUGGGAAAGAUGGCCUUUGUGUGGAGGACAGGAAGAGUACAUCAGGGUCCUGGGAAAGUAAAGAAGGGAGUGACCAGCCAUCCAGCCUGGAGAGACAGUGAAGAAAGGGGGUGGAUCAGCAGAGGUGGUUGCCAGUCAGAGAUCCAUCCAGUACUGUUUGGCCAAGGAAUUCUUCUGACCGUUGGAAAAACCUGGCUUGAUGUGGCCCCAGGGAAGUGAGUUGGACUGGGGGCGGAGACUGCUGGCUCCGCAGAAGAGGGUUCCCCCCACCCCUUUGUGAGUUUUUAACUCUAUUUCAACCAUAGACUUGAUACCAUCACUCCAAGGCAUUUUUUUGGACAAAAUGUAUUCACUUCUCAUUCUGCACCAGCCUCAGUGUAAAGAGAAAAAUCAGAGAUCAACACCCAUCUGAACGCAGGUUUGACAGAAGGCCCAGACCGUCAUCCCAGCAACAGCCUCAGUCAUGUGACCGGCAAUGGCGGCGCUGACGAGAGUCCUGGUCAGCUGAGUGUGGAGACAGGGAAUUCUGCUGUCACCGUCCAUGGGCUUCCCAGGUCACACAACCUACAAGUAGGGAGUGAGGACAGAGAGCGCGCCUGCAUGCCAAUUCUAAGCUCUUCAGGAUCAAAAAUGGCAGCCUGCGGAGGCACCUGCAAGAACAAAGUGACUGUCUCCAAGCCUGUGUGGGACUUCCUGAGCAAGGAGACCCCCGCCCGGCUGGCCCGGCUCCGCGAGGAGCACCACGUGUCCAUCCUCAUCGACGGCGAGACUUCUGACAUCUACGUUCUCCAGCUUUCCCCCCAGGGCCCGCCCCCCGCUGCUCCCAAUGGGCUCUCCCUGGCCAGGAAGGCCCUCAAGGGGCUGCUCAAGGAGGCAGAGAAAGAGCUCAAGAAAGCUCAGAGGCAGGGGGAGCUUAUGGGCUGCCUGGCUUUGGGGGGUGGAGGGGAGCACCCUGAGCUGCACCGCCCAGGCCCGCCCCCUCUCCGAGCAGCCCCACUCCUGCCCCCAGGGGCCCGGGGGCUUCCCCCGCCUCCUCCUGCCCUGCCCCCUCCCCUCCCUCCCCGCCUUCGGGAAGAGGCGGAGGAGCAGGAGAGCACCUGCCCCAUCUGUCUGGGGGAGAUCCAGAACGCCAAGACCCUGGAGAAGUGCCGGCACUCGUUCUGCGAGGGCUGUAUCACCCGGGCCCUGCAGGUGAAGAAGGCCUGUCCCAUGUGUGGCCGCUUCUAUGGGCAGCUGGUGGGCAACCAGCCCCAGAAUGGGCGGAUGCUGGUCUCCAAGGACGCCACGCUCCUGCUGCCCAGCUAUGAGAAGUACGGUACCAUCGUCAUCCAGUACGUCUUCCCGCCCGGUGUCCAGGGGGCUGAACACCCAAACCCAGGAGUUCGGUAUCCUGGCACUACUCGGGUGGCCUACCUCCCGGACUGCCCCGAGGGCAACAAGGUGCUGACCCUGUUCCGCAAGGCGUUUGACCAGCGUCUCACCUUCACCAUUGGCACCUCCAUGACCACAGGGAGACCGAAUGUCAUCACUUGGAACGACAUCCACCACAAGACCAGCUGCACAGGGGGACCGCAGCUGUUUGGGUACCCGGACCCCACCUACCUGACCCGGGUGCAGGAGGAGCUGAGAGCCAAGGGCAUCACGGAUGACUGAAGGACAGCCCCUCCAGUAGGACCCAAUGGAAGCCUCUGUUCUUUCUCCCUCUGCCCCCCUCGCCGCUCUAGCGGGGACUGUCUGACCGGGGACGGAGUUUGCAGAGGGAGGGGCGAUCCCUUCCCCAGCCCCCCACCGGCCGAGCGCUUCUGUGCAGUGUGAGCCACUCCCUGCUGGCAGAGGCGCCGUCCCAGGCUCUGCUCGCCUCCUCCGCGUGUACAUACUCCCAGCCGCCCUGCCCCCUCCAUUGCCCUUGGCUUUUUCUGGUAUGUGCGGUGCUCCAGGGACUGCUGAGAAAGGGCCUGGGUGGGAAGGGAGGGUCUUCGGAACCUCCCACCCGCACACCCCGCUGAACUUCUGUGCAGGGGGAGGGAGCCGGCUGCAGGGAGCACCCUGGAGCCGGCUGCGUGCGUUCUUGAGUCCAUUCCCCCUUCGCCCUGAGCCUCGUCCUUUCUCUCCUGUCUCUCUGUCUCUGUCAGUCUUUCUCCCGCUCUUCUCUGCCCCCUAUAAGGAGCCUCCUCAUCCCCUUCUGGAAUCGCCGCCAGACUGUAGCUUUUAAUUUAAUAAAAAUAAAGUAAAAUAUGCAACUCUA